AUGACGCUCUUAGGACCAGCACGAGUAUGGUUUAACAGUCUAGAGGCGGGAAGUAUCAGGAGCUUUGGAGAUUUAGCCAACGCCUUCGUCAGCCGGUUCAUAGCCGGAGUUCCGGCUGACAGGAAGACCAGUUAUCUAGAGACGGUCAGGCAGAGAAGGGACGAAUCGUUAAGGGAGUAUGUGGCCCAUUUUAAUACGAAAGCUUUACAGAUCCCCAAGCUGGAUGAGGGGAGAGCGGUGAAGGCCAUGCAGAAGGGGACGACCUCCCCCAAAUUUUUCGGCUCGUUAAGCAGAAAGCCCCCCACCACGCUGGUAGAGCUGAUGAAGAGGGCGGAGAAAUACAUAAGGCAAGAUGACGCCUUGGUGACGAGUAGAUUCGCCAAGGGGGUGGAAGACAGAGGAAAAGCCCCCGAGGAAAGGAGAUCGAAAAGGCAUGAGAAGAAGCAGGGUAAGAAAUCUGAGCCCUACAGGCAGCCCUGGGACCGGAGAGACCAGAGACCUUUCCCUCCUCGGGUUCCAGAACAAAAGCCAUUCCCUCCGCAUAUUCCGGAGAACCUGACCCCGCUCAACGCAUCCAGAGCCGAGGUGCUCAUGGCAGUUCAGGAUAAGGAGUUCCUACAAUGGCCCAGGCCUAUGAGGGCAGAAGCAGACCAGUGA